GGAAGGCGGACCACGGACAACCUGAAGGAGGCGGAGAUCGGGGCGGAGCCCGGGGAGGACUCCAGGCUCGGGGGGAGGGGCCAGGAUAAUGAGCUCACGCAGGUCUCGGGUUGCAGAGCCAGAGCUGCCGCGAAGAGGCGCGCGGCUGGGGUGGGUCCCACUUCCCGCUCCGCUGAGGUCGGCAUGGUGCAGGGCGGAGGAUGCGGCGCAUGGCGCGCUAUGUAGGGGCUGGCUCCGCCUGGACUGCGAGUUUGGUGUUAGAGGGCCCAGUUUGAGAGAAGCGAGGACGCGGACCGAGCCCUCACGGGAGGAUGCUGGUGGUGGAGGUGGCGAACGGCCGCUCGCUGGUGUGGGGGGCCGAGGCGGUUCAGGCGCUGCGGGAGCGCCUGGGCGUGGGGGGCCGCACGGUGGGCGCCCUGCCCCGCGGGCCCCGGCAGAACUCGCGCCUGGGCCUCCCGUUGCUGCUUUUGCCGGAGGAGGCGCGGCUCCUGGCCGAGAUCGGCGCCGUGACCCUGGUCAGCUCCCCUCGCCGGGAUCCCAGCCAGCACAGCCUGGCUCUGGCAUCGUUCAGACGCCAGCAAGAGCAGAGCUUCCAGGAGCAAAGCGCGUUGGCGGCCGAGGCCCGUGAGAACCGGCGUCAGGAGCUCCUGGAGAAGAUUGCAGAGGGCCAGGCUGCCAAGAAGCAGAAGCUGGAGCAGGAUUCCGAGGCCGGCGGGAGCCGAGCCGCGGAAGAGAGCGAGAUCGGAGGUGGCCAGGCCUCCGGGGAGCAGGAGGAAGCAGUGCCUUCUUCUCAAGCAGCUUCAGAUGGGGCGGCGCCCUUGCCCAGGUCUGCCCUGCUGGUCCAGCUGGCCACCGCCAGGCCUCGGCCUGUUAAGGCCAGGCCCCUGGACUGGCGCGUGCAGUCCAAAGACUGGCCCCACGCCGGCCGGCCCGCCCACGAGCUGCGCUACAGCAUCUACAGAGAUCUGUGGGAGCGAGGCUUUUUCCUCAGCGCCGCCGGCAAGUUCGGCGGCGACUUCCUGGUGUAUCCUGGUGACCCGCUCCGUUUCCAUGCCCACUACAUUGCCCAGUGCUGGGCUCCGGAGGACCCCAUUCCACUGCAGGACCUGGUCUCUGCCGGCCGCCUGGGAACAAGUGUGAGGAAGACGCUGCUGCUGUGCUCCCCACAGCCUGAUGGUAAGGUGGCCUACACCUCCCUGCAGUGGGCCAGCCUGCAGUGAGCUGGGCCUGGGCCCGCAGAGCAGCGCCCUCCUCCCUCCAUGGUGAGCUCCGUCCUAGGGCUCCGAACUUGUCCACACAGGCUCUUCCUGUUUGAAGGCACUGACUGGCUGUUUGACACUGUGGGCUUGGGACUGGGUUUGAUUUAGCUCUGUUUUCUGCAGGGCUUAGGCCCCAGCGGGUCUCAAUAAACUUGUUGAGUGCAUGUCA